AUGAAAAGCAGAAACAGUUACAAAGAAUCUAUCAGUGAUGAGCAAAUAUUAAAUCAAUCACCCAAAAUCAAAAUUCUUCAAAAAGAAGUUGAAAUUCUUGCAGAUAAUUAUCACGUUCUAUACAUGAGUGAAUUUCGAAGCUUAGGAACAAUCAAUAUCUGAACCCAUAAAAAUUCAUUAAAAAAACUAAGGCUGCCAGAAAAAGCUGCAAAUCGCUUUACAGCUAUUUGUCGAAUUCCAGGAAAUAAGAUAUUCUGCUAUGGAGGUGUAAAAUUCGAUGGAUCAUGAUCUGGGAUGACAUUCACUAUCGAUUCAAAUAAUGAAAUUGAAAUUUUUGAGUCUGGGAAUCCAUGCAUUCAGGCAUGCUGUAUUUAUUUUGACGGUUGUGUUUACACCAUUGGAGGUCUCACCAACCAAUUUAAGAGAUUUAAUCUAUCUCUAAAAAUGUGACAAAAAAGAGUAGAAUGCCAUUCCCAACGCUUCUCUACAGGAGGACAAAUUCAAGGAUUCAUUAUUUAUUCUAAUUUAGAAGAUGGUAUAAAUAUUUAUGAUCCAUAUGCAAAUACCCACCAAACAGUGCUAUCUCUUCCUCAUAGCUGAAAAAAUGUGUUUGUUGGGAGUAAUAAUAGAACUUAUUGUUUCCAAUUUUAUGAGAGUAUCUAUGAAAGUGGUUUUAAUAAUGUUUUUAAAUGGAAUAAUAUUGGAAAAUGCAAUUUGGUUUUAAAAGAUAUUUUUGGAUGUCCUACUAAUUUCUGCAAUAAAAUAUAUUUUUUAAAUGGAGAUGAUGUUUGUGAAUUUGACUUAGGUAAAAAGCAAAUUAAAGUUAGUUUUAGUUUCACAUGGCUUGGGGCCUAUUCAGAAUGCUGCACAUUUUAA